UUGCAUUAGCAUCUAAGAUCUCUCUUAUAGUACAUAAGCACACACAUAAAAACACACGGAUCAAGCACACACUCACAUACACACAGAUUCAAAUGGAGCGUUCAAUGCGUCUUGUUUCAGCCGCCUUCGUUCUUGUCCUGCUUUUGGCGUCUACCGAUAUGGGGCCAAUGGGCAUUGAGGCAAAGACUGAAUCAAGCAAGGCAGUUGAGGGAAAGAUCUGCGAGGUUCCGAGCACCCUGUUCAAGGGGUUGUGCAUUUCGUCUAACAACUGUAAACACACCUGCAGAAAGGAGCAAUUCACCAGAGGCAAAUGUAUUGGCGAUGGCUUCACUCGUAAAUGCGUCUGCACCAAAAAGUGCUAAUUAUUUUGUUAAAAAGAAAUGUUAUCUUUGUAGAGAUCGUGCUUGUCUAAUGCGAUGGCCAGAUAUGGUCAUGUAUCCACAUGGUUGCUUUUGCUAAUAAAUUGAAUGACCCUACAUGGAUCAUUA